AUGCAUACAAUUCGGACUUUUCAUAGCAGUUUUACAAGCCAAAUAAUCAAACCCUUUCUGCUAGCAGAUAUUGGCGAGGGAAUUACAGAGUGUGAGGUUAUUCAAUGGUUUGUGGAGCCUGGAUCAAAGGUAGAAGAGUUUGACAAGAUUUGUGAAGUGCAGUCAGACAAGGCCUCAGUGGAAAUUACAUCGAGGUUCUCGGGAAAGAUUGUCAAGCUACACUAUCAGCUCAAUGAUAUUGCAAAAGUGGGUCAGCCUUUAGUUGACAUUGAUACAGCUGGGCAAGAUUCUAGUCCUGAAGCAGAAAGAGAAGUUUUGGAUGCUCCAACUAGUGCUCCUCCUGCUCCGAAAAAUGAGGUGAAUAAAAAAAUUGCCCAAACUCAACCAAAAUCAAAAAGAACAGGUCCUAAGUUAGCAACACCUGCUGUACGACGUAUUGCCAAAGAAAAUGGAAUAAACUUGGAAGCUGUUAAUGGCAGUGGUGACAAUGGAAGAAUUCUAGAAAAAGAUGUUUUAAAAAAACUAAGAUUAAUAAAUCUUUUUGACUCGUCAGAUCCUUCACCUCAAACUACGCCUGUCUCUUUUAUACCUGCUCCUGUCACUCUAGGAGAGCGUACAGAAGCUUUAUCCGCCAUUCAAAAGGCUAUGUUCAAGGCUAUGACUCGUUCACUUUCUAUUCCACAGCUGGGUUACAAGGACGAUAUUGAGCUCAAUGCCACUACUGAAUACAGAACUGCCUUGAACAAGCAUAUAUCCAGCAACCCAAGCCAAUACCCCUUUGCAAAGAUGACAUACCUCCCCAUAUUUAUCAAAUGUCUUUCGAUUGCCUUGGCUGAAUUCCCUAUCAUGAAUGCUUCACUCACUGGCGACCAAAACGAUGUAAACUCAGUUCGGAUUGUGCUGAGACCUUCUCACAAUAUCGGUGUUGCCAUGGACACUCCUCAAGGUUUAGUUGUUCCAAAUAUCAAGGAUGUUCAAUCCAAGACUAUUUUUGAUAUUGCUGCCGAAGUUCAUCGUCUUACCGAGCUUGGAAAAAAGAAUGCAUUGUCUCUGAAUGAUUUGAAGGGUGGAACCAUAACUCUCUCCAAUAUUGGUGCCCUCGGAGGAACAUAUGCCAAUCCUGUUGUCGUCUCAUCCGAGUUAGCUAUUGUGGCGCUUGGAAGAACACAGACUCUGCCUCGUUUUGAUCGAGACGGUAAUGUAGUAGCCAAGCAAAUCCUCCCAGUCAGUUGGUCAGCUGAUCAUCGCUUAAUCGAUGGAGCCACCAUUGCUCGCUUUGGUAACAAAUGGAAGAGUUUGAUUGAAAACCCAGCCUUAUUGGCUAGUGAGCUUCGUUAG